AUGCAUCAAUUUUUACUUAAGUUAAUGGCAAUGAAUUUGUCGGUUGAUCCAUGCGAAAAUUUUUUUGAAUAUGCUUGUGGUCGAUGGAAUCAUGAUCAUCCUAUCCCAGAUGAUAUGUUUGCAUAUGGAACUUUUGCAUCUGUAAGAGAGAAUGUUCGACUACAAAUGAAAGUUUUGUUGGAGUCUGAUACACCAGUAGCAUCGAAAUCCAUUGCAAUGGCACGAAUUGCUUAUCAAACUUGCAUGAACACUAGUAAACUUGAAUCUAUCAAAUCAUCGCAGUUACUACAUGCAUUACAACAACUGGGCAAAUGGCCAUUAUUGAAUGGCAAGGAUGAUUGGGAUGAAAAGUCGUUUAAUUUUACUUCUGUUUUGGCUUCAUCUCGUCGAAGUUUUGGAAAUGAAAUUUUUUUUCAAGUUUACGUGUACGCGGAUGCAAAAAACACGACAAGAAAUACUUUAUAUAUGGAUCAGGGAAUGCUUGGUUUAGGUCGUGGCUCUCGUGAUUAUUACCUUAACACAACAAUGUUUUCCAAGCAUUUAGAUGCUUACAGAAAAUACCAACUUGAUGUUAUGAAGUUACUUUUAGCUGAUGCUAAUAUUACUUAUGAAUUACCGCAAUUAAUUCGUCAGCUCGAUGACAUUAUCAAUUUUGAAAAGAAAUUUGCCCAAAUUAUCAUACCAGAAGAUGAUCGACGUAAUAGCACACGUCUGUAUAACAAAAAAAUAAUUGCAGAUUUAUAUACUUUAUUACCUGAGGUAGAAUGGCUAAGUUACUUCUACCAAAUCACACCAAAAUCAAUUCAUGAUUCGAUUAGUAAUAAUACACAAAUAAUUGUUGGUGAGGUGGAAUAUCUAUACAGUGUUACUGAGCUUAUUAAUAACAAUAGCAAUGGUCUCUUGGCAAAUUAUAUACUUUGGCGUAUAAUACAUUCAUGGGUCAAAAUAUUGGAUGGAAGAUUCGAAGACAUCAAACAGGAUUUUAUGAGGGUAAUGACGGGACAACAAACAAAAUCACCACGUUGGAAAGAGUGUGCGCAAGGAACAAUAAGUUUAUUACCAUUAGCUGGGGGAGCACUUUACGUCCGACAGCAUUUUGAUUUUACAGAUAAACAAGAAGCACUAGUUAGUCUUUGGAUCAAGAAUUUUACAUUUUCAAAUAUUGUUAGAAAUAUAUUCUACAACAAGAUUGUUAUUCAGAAAGCAGUAAGUAUGAUUAACAACAUUGGCUAUCCUGAUUUUAUCAAUAACGAUACUGCUCUCGACAAACAUUAUGAAAAAUUACAUUUUACGGCUGAAGACUCACAUUUUGAUUUGCUGAGGAAAGUGCUAAUAUGGUCACAAGAGAAGGAGUUUUUAAGAAUCAAAGAAUCAUUUGACAAAUAUGAAUUCGAAGUGAGCCCAGCUGUAGUCAAUGCAUUCUAUUCACCAGAAAAAAAUGCUUUAACAUUCCCUGCCGGAAUACUUAAGCCACCAUUUUUCAGUGGUUCUUAUCCAAAGAUGGUAAAUUACGGUGCAAUAGGUGCAGUAAUUGGGCAUGAAAUCACUCAUGGAUUCGAUGAUCAAGGAAGUCAGUAUGACAAAGAUGGUAAUCUGCAGAACUGGUGGAAUGAAGAAUCUUACAAAGGAUUCUCAGCACGCAAGGAAUGUAUCGUUGAUCAGUAUAAUUCAUACAAAGUACCAAAUACAGAUUACAAGGUUAAUGGAAAGCUUACUCAAGGAGAAAAUAUAGCUGAUAAUGGUGGUGUUAAAGAAGCAUACAGGGCAUACAGGAAGUAUGUGAAACAAUUAGGUCAUGAAGAACCCUAUUUACCAGGUUUUCAAAACUUUUCUAGCGAUCAAGUGUUCUACUUGUCAUACGCUCAUUUUUGGUGUGGUCAUAAAAAAGAAGCAGCAGCAUUACAGCAAGUUUUGACAGAUGAACAUAGUCCUGAAGUUUUUCGAGUUAUCGGUGUAUUGUCAAAUUUACCGGAAUUUAGCGAAGCUUAUAACUGUAUACCUGGCAGUCAAUUAAAUCCACCACAACGUUGUGCUGUUUGGUAA